AUGCCGCUCGCUCGCCGCGGCGCCCUCGCGUGCGCCGCUCUGCUAGCGGCCGUGCUGGCUGGACAGCCAAUCGAAGAGCUCAUCGAGCGUGCAGUGACCUGGGCUAACCCAAUGAGUGACCGCAGCUCCGACUGGCUCGUGCUCAAGUAUGACGUGCUGUCUGCUCUCGUUCCAUUCACCAACCGUGUGCGCUGGUCGUCUGACCGGGCGCACGACACGAUGCACGCGGCGCUGUGGAAUGGGAGCGCGUACGACGUGCAGGUGACCAACCGGCUGCUGUGGAACCGCACCCGGCAUCUCGCACCAGAGCGGGUGCUCGACGCCGGCUGUGGCUGGGGCGGCACCGUCUUCUUCCUGGCGGAGGCGCGGCGCCGCGCGGCUCAAGGCGACGCCGGGGCAGCCGUUACCGCCACGUACGACGGCCUCACGCUCUCCACCACUCAAGCCGCCACCGCUGCCCGCACCGCCACCGCCAAGGGCCUUGCCGGCUCGUGCCGCUUCGUGGCGGCGCUGGAGCAAGCGAGCCUCUCUUUGACGUCAACCGUCGACCUCGGCGAGGAGUACGGGCUGAGGCACCGUCCCUGGGCGACCCUGCUGCCCCCAUGCUGGCUGGCGACGCUGCUGCCGUGCUGGCUGCUGCUGCGAGCGGCGCACUUGCUCUCCCUGCCGCUGCCGCUGACCACGCCCGAGGCGUACCUGUCAAGCUACGUCGGCGGGCUGGCACGCGAGAUCUUGCUCCGCGACGGGGCGAUCGCCUACACCGCGUUGGAGGCGCGCCGCCCCUGACGGCCAUUACCCCUUUCGGCGUCGUCGCGCAUUGUGGUUGCUCGGCCCGGGCGGCGAGCACUGUUUAUUUUCCCUGACCUUAUCCUUACGGCGUACGGGAUUUUCGACUCAGAAUUCUUCUUUGUC